UACUAUCUUCAACACCCAGCAUUCCUCUCCCUCCGCCAUGGGGCUCGCCAUGGCGCCCUCCUCCCUCUCCUUCCUCUCCGCGCAACCCCUCCACCCCCGCCGUCUCCACCGCCAAAGCGCCGCCCUCACACCUGCCGUCCGGUGCGCCGCGAAGGCGGCUGCGGACGCGCCGGCCCUGAGGCCCCUGCCGCCACCGAAGCUUGUCCGCUGCCCGGCGCUGGACCGGCAGGCGGCGCGUGCGAACCGGCUUCGCUUCGCCCGCAAGCUCCUCACCCUGCUCCUCUCCAAGCCGCGCGGCUUCCUCCCGCUCCGCGUCCUCCGCCGCUGCCGCGGCUUCCUCGGCCUCCCGCGCCGCCGCCCGCUGGUCCCCUUCGUGCUCCGCUACCCGACCCUCUUCCGCCUCUUCCAGGCCCCCACCUCCAGCCCCCUCUCGCCCUCCCUCUCCACCCUCGCCGUCGGCCUCACCCCCGCCGCCCACGCGCUCGCCGCCGACCUCGCCGCGCUCCGGCGCGGGGCCGACCUCGCGGCCAAGCUCCACCGCCUCCUCCUCAUGACCCCCCGCCGCAGCCUCCUGGUGUCCAAGCUCGCCCACAUCGCCCCCGACCUCGGCCUCGCCAUGGACUUCCGCGCCACGCUCUGCCCCCGCCACCCGGACCUCUUCGCCUUCCACGGCCACGCGCUCCAGCUGGCCGACCCCCCGCCGCCGCCCCCCGCGCCGCUGCCACCGCCGCUCCGCCCCGCCGCCCAGACCGACCGCCUCAUCGACCGGCCGCGGAGGUUCCCGCACCUGCCGCUUCGCCGCGGGCUCAACCUCCGCCGCGCGCACCGGGACUACCUCCUGCGCUUCCACAGCCUGCCCGAGGUCUCCCCGUUCGAGCCAUUGCCUCAACACGCGAGCGCCGAGAUGGCGGAGCGCCGUGCCUGCGCGGUGGUGCGGGAGGUGCUGGCGAUGACGGUGGAGAGGCGGACGCUGGUGGACCACCUCACGCACUUCCGCAGGGACUUCGGGCUGCCCAACCGGCUGCACGCGCUGCUGGUGCGCCACCCUGAGCUGUUCUACGUGAGCAUCAAGGGCGUGCGGCAUUCCGUGUUCCUGGUGGAGGCGUUCGACGACGACGGGAGGCUUCUGGUGGAGGAUGCGAUGCUCGUUGGCAGGGACCGGCUGGAGGAGCUUGUCCGGGAAGGCAAGCGGAUCAGGCGGGCUGACAGGAAUGGUGUGUUUGCCGUUGAUGGUGAUAGUGAUGAGGAUGAUGAGGGAGAUGGCAAUGUAGCAGAGGGUUCGUCUGAGUUGGAUGGUGGUUUUGCAGACUUGUUUGAAGAUAGUGUCUCUGGGGAGGACUGGAAUGUGGUGGGUGAUGGAGGUGGGAUCGACCAAGAUGAUGCCGAAUCGGAUGCCAUGGAGGAGUUUUGGGUGAAGAAGGCUGUGGCACAAGGGCUGGUUGACAGUGGCAGUGAGCAUGAUGUUUGGUGAGGAGUGUCCAUGUGCUAGGCAAAUUUUGCCUGGGCUGUUGAUAAAGACCACUGAUUGCUCAAAUGCAUUCUUCUCAGCUAUUUACAGUAGCCAUAUGCCCAGAAGUAUUAUUGCAUAAUUUGAGAGCUUUUGAUAAUGAAGGUGAAAGGUAUUUUGUUGCUUGCGGACUAAUUUGAUGAUGUCCCUGGGGAGGACUGGAAUGAGGUUCGUGAUGGAGGUGAAAUCGAGGGGGACUAUGGAGACGAUGCUGAAUCGGAUGACAUGGAGGAGUUUUGGGUGAGGAAAGUUGUGGCAGAGGGACUGGGGCAGCGAGCAUGAUGUUUGGUCACGGACUCACGGGUGUUCAGAACAUAUCAUUUUGCCCAGGCUGUUAUUGAGGACCACAAAUUGCUCAAAUCCAUUCUCCUCAGCUAUCUGCAUUAGCCAGAAAGUACAUAACUUGGGAGCUUUGAUAAUGAAGAUGAAGAAUCAAGAUCUAAUUACCGCUUGCCGCUGCAGAAAAGUAUGAAGACAGGUGUAAACAUUUUUGCUAGCAUGAAACUAGUGAAAAAAAAAAUGCAUUUAUGAUUACCUUCUUGGCAUUGGGCUACUAAUAUCCAUGGAUGGAGCCUGGGCUUUCGAGGUGUAGUCUGAAUAUCCAGAGAUGAUGCUUCAAUGUGUGUAGAUGGUGCUUCAGUCUGUUUAGAUUGUGGUUGAACUUCAACUGCUUUCUUGCUCCUGUUCCUUACUCUCUUCGGUUUAGGUGGUGCAGGUGGAGGUACAUUAGGAUCAAGCACGGUCUCAUUGCAAGUUUUUUUCAUCUGGCCCUUUUGAUGGCAACGUUUGCAUGUGACCAUUCUACAUCCCUUUCCUCCUUCUUCCCAUCCUUUGUAUCUUUUUGUCAUUGGCCUCCCAGCUGCACGUUUUAGAAUAGGGGGCAUUGAAAGCUAGGGUCUACCUCCGGCUUCUACAUUUAGCCACUGCUGCCUAUCUGUCAUUGGCCCCACCCAAUUUUCAUAUGCUUUUAUGAACAUGUUAACUGAGUAGUAGUCGUCAAUGUAACCUUCCAUCUUGGGAUUUCUCAUGCUAGUGAUAAUAUGUACAGAAGGCAAACGAGUUAUUUGCCACUGCCUACACGUGCAUGUUCUAUUUGUGAGAUCCAAUGCAUGCCUCCAUGGUUGCAGGUCCUUAUCAACACCUUGAACCUCAGCUAAAAGUGCAACGUUGUCAUGAUCUUUGUUAGAAAAUGUGUGGACGUAUGGCAAUCCUUGGUUCUUAGCAUUUUCAUCCUUGACAACACGAGGAAGAGUUUUCCCGCAAAGUUUAUAAGCAAUUCUUCUCAACUCCAUUUUCUCAAUUAUCAUCUGCCUUAUUUUACCAAAAAGAGGAAUGACUGGAAGAGACUUUUCUGUUCUAAUCCAACUAUUGAAGGAUUCAGCAAUAUUAUUGGCCACAUAUAAUCUGCGUUGCUG